UGUAACCACUAAAGAAAAUAAACUGAAACGGGAAGGAAAUUUAAAUACAAUGUCCUCGUGUGAACCUGACCAAAAUUGGGGAUUAGACGUAUAAUUGUGAAAUUUCCUACAGCCCCGGAAGGCACCGGGGAAGGCGCGUUCCCCUGACCGCUCCGCCGAUCUGUCAGUUACAGCCGGACCCUGAACGCACCCGGACCCGGCCGAACAACAGCCCUCCCCAGCUCGUCUCACUGUAAACAGUAAUUCCACUUUUUUUUGGAUAAAUACAACUUACCGUCAUAAUUUGUUAUAGUUUAAAAACGGUUCGGGGUUCACUCUGCCAGGAUGCACGGGCUUGCUAGCUAACGUUAGCCGGAGAGCUAGCGUUCAUUAUCCACUGUUUUGGAGGAAAAGUAGCGGAGUCCGCGCUCCUUCUUUCGGCUGCGUGGUUGGUGUUUAAACCGGUUAAACAUGGAGCAAACUAACCGUUUCACAGAGCUCUACUACUAUCUCCAAGACCCCCACCUUGUCGCCCGCUUUCAGCGCAUUUGUGGGGUGAGCGGGACAUUUUCGAGAACCGUUUGUGCCACCAGCGGUAGCAGCAAGGAAGAGGACCGGACUCACUCGCACAACAACGGGGCUUGCCAUCACCACCGCGCCGGGGGAAAUGAGAGUGAAGACACGGCCAUUAGAGGAGCUGGGGAAGGGGAGAAAGUACAAACAACAGUAAUGGGGGUUAGAAAGAGGACAACCGAUGCUGAUGUGACGAAAAAGCACCGGGAGGAAAGUGAAAACCUUCCCCAGAAUGGAGCGGUUGUAACCGCAGCGUCAGCCGGGGGAGAAACCGUCGGUGUGGGUAGUAACGGUCGGAGCCUCGCCGCGGGUCAGGACGGUCGCAGCGGGGCCGGUGCGAACCUUUCAGGGGCAACCGAAGAUGGGGAAAGGGAGAAGAGCAGCACAGUGAAACCCCUCCGGAAAAACUCUCUAACGGGUGAAACCGGGCAGGAGUUCCUUAUCGACAACCGGCUCUUGUACUACAUGUUCACUUUCGGAACCGAGCUGGGCAACGAGUUGUUUUACAUCACCUUCUUCCCCUUCCUCAUGUGGAACGUGGACGCCUUCGUGGGCAGGCGGCUGGUCAUGGUCUGGGUCUGGGUCAUGUACCUGGGGCAGUGCACCAAGGAUGUGAUCGGGUGGUCCCGGCCCGCUUCCCCGCCGGUAGUCAAAGUGGAGGUGUUUUACAACUCGGAGUACAGCAUGCCGUCCACACACGCCAUGUCGGGCACUGCCAUCCCCUUCUCCCUGUUCUUCAUGACCUACGGCCGGUGGGAGUACCCGGUCACACUGGGCUUCAGCCUGGCUCUCUGCUGGUGCCUGCUGGUCUGUGUUAGCCGAAUCUACAUGGGAAUGCACUCGGUCCUGGACGUCAUGGUCGGCGUCCUGUACAGCGUCCUGAUCCUGCUCUUCUUCCUGCCGGCCUUGGACCUGAUCGACAGCUUCAACCUGACGUGCCGCUACGCCCCGCUCAUCAUCAUCUCCCUCCACCUGGGCCUGGGCCUCUUCUCCUUCACCCUGGACACCUGGAGCACCUCGCGGGGCGACACCGCUCAGAUCCUGGGGACGGGCGCCGGCGUCGCCCUGGCUUCCCACGUCAACCACUACCUGGGCGUGAUGCCCGACCCCUCGCCGGACCAGCUUCCGCUCUCCAUGCCCGCCCUCAGCGCCGGCCUGAUGGGCGCGGCCAUGCUGCGAUUCGCCCUGGGCGUGCUGGUGCUUGUGGCCACGCGGGCGCUGAUGAAGGCCGUCACCAUCCCGCUGGUGUGCCGGCUGGUCGGGUUGCCCGGCGGGGACGUGAGGAAGGCCAGGCAGCACAUGGAGGUGGAGCUGCCCUACCGCUACAUCGUGUACGGGACGGUGGGCUUCAACGUCCUCUUCCUGGUCCCUCUGCUCUUCAGCUACAUGCAGCUUUCCUGAUUGGCUGCCCGCUCAGUCGCCAGCUAGAAAACCAGUGAAGUGACCCUCCCGAGUUUUCACCUAACGCUGUUAUCAGAUCAGUUUUCCUUUUCAGUCCAGAACCUCUUUUCCUGGCCAGAGGUCGCUGGGUCGGGACUGACAAAAAGGUGAAUUAAAGCCUAAACGCAGAUCUGGAUGUUUUUCAGUUUCGUCACCUGUCGGCUCGCUUCGGCGUUCAGGAAGAGAGAAACCAGGAGCAGCCGAGCGUCUCCCGACGACCUCGACUGAUCACUUCCACCCGCGGCAGAGGUGAUAUCUCUCUGUUCUGUUCUUUAGAUUUAUUUAAAAAUCAAACGAACCUGCUCCUCCUGAUCUCCCAGAAGACACUGCGACAGCUGAACAUCCACUCCUCCUCCUCCUCCUCCUCCUCCUCCUCUACCAGCUUAAUUGCAAAAAAAAAAAAAAAAUUUUAAAAAGUGGCCUCUGAAAGAUUAGAAAUGCCACUGAUCGCUACUGAUAGAUUACCUGUGUCUUAGUAUUUUCAAUAUUAUUAGUGUUAUUAUUAUUAUUAUUAUGAUUAUUAUUAUUAAGAGUUCAGGCAAAGAACCACACAAGUACAGAUUUCUGCAGCAUCUAAAGGCAACAUUUCAGCGUCUGCACUCAGAGGAGGUUUUGUACUUGAAAAAAAAAACUCUUUAAAACUGAUGCGUCAGUUGUUUAAACUUUGUGUGGUUCUUUAUCUGGAAGCUUUUUAAUAUUUUAUCUUCCUCUCAAAGCAAUAAGAUCCUUAUAAUUUACCUUAUUCCUGUCCUAGUGGACUUCAGCCUUUGACCCCCCCUCCCCUCCCUGUGCAGCGGACACCCCUGUGUUUAAAGUUACCUGCGUAACUGAAAUAGACAGAAAUCAGAUCCUUUUCUCGAGGUGUUUGAUCGCACAUGUACAGUAUUUUCCUCAAGGGCUCCUCCCCCCCCCGC